AUGUCAAAGCUUGAGGAGGAUGAACAACCGAUAAUAUCAUCCGAAGAAUUGUCAAAUGGGUCAGAGGAGGAUGAAGAAGGAAAUUUGGAGGAGGGAUUGCUGGAAGAUGAAACAGCUUCAGACGGUUCAGAGAACGACUCCCCACCGAAAAAAAGGAAAAAAAGGUCUGAAGGAAGAAAUAAGGAUACUUCGUCCUUUAGACAUUCUAAGCGUAGCAGUAGUGGAAAGAAGAAGAGCUCUAAAAACCGGGCUUACAAUAAUGUGAAUGCAUUUUUGGAUGUUGAAGCUCUAGUUGGAGAGGAUGACGAGGAAGAUGAAGGCGAAUAUUAUGAAGAUAUCUACCAAGAGGAGUCGGAAUACGCCUCAAAUGCAGCUGAAAUUGGAGCCAGAAGAAGAGCUGAUCUUGAAAGAGAUGAUAACAUGGGGAGAAGGCAUUUGGGUGGUGCUGGCCAUUUGGAAGAAGCGAUUGCACAGCUUGAGCGUAGAUAUGAGCAAAAAGAAGGUGAAGUAAGCGAAUUUGAGCGGGAGACUGAAAUGGGUAGUUCUGAAGUGACAAGUUCUAUGCAGGCUUGCGAUGUGCUUCCAACUUCAAGAGAUCCAAAAUUGUGGCUUGUUAAAGUUGAUCGUGCUGGUCUUGAAAAAGAUAUUUGUAUUGCUUUAGUUCAAAAAGCAGCAGAAUGCCAAAAACAAGGUAAAGAGCUGCCAAUUUUAUCUGCAUAUGUUGCUUCAAGUUAUAGAGGUUAUAUAUACGUGGAGGCAGAAGCACCAAACUUCGUAAAUGAAGCACUUCAAGGGUUUACUGGAGUUCGUCUUUCAUCUAUAAAAAUUAUUCCAGUUAAGGAAAUGACUCGAGUAUUUUCUGUGGAUAUGCAAGAAAAGGAACAACUUAUGCGUGAGAGCUGGGUUAGAGUUAGGAGUGGGAUUUAUGGUGGUGAUUUGGCCCAAAUAUAUGAAGUUGAUGAACAUGAAGCCAAUGUAAUUUUGCGACUUGUGCCUAGAUUAGAUAUUCCUGCACUUAUAAGAAAGUCUCAGAAUUCACAGGAUGUAACAUUUUCCAAAUCAAGGAUCAGACCACCAGCAAAGCUAUUUGACCGAGAUAAGGUUGAAUCACUUGGCGGAGUAGUUGAGCUCACCCACUUACGUGGAACAGUGAAAUUUGCAAACCAGCUUUUUGAGCAGGAAAAGGGUUAUCUUUUAAAGAAGAUGAAAGCAAAUCGUUUAGUUGUUGGAGAUGCAGUUCAGCCAACAAUUGAAGAAAUUAAGAGAUUUUUUGGUGUGUCUGAUUUAUCAGAGGUAAAUAUUGAUUCAAAGACUCUUCUUAAAACUCAGAAGUCUACCUCUUUCUUUGUUGGGGAUACCGUAACAAUAACAAAGGGUGAACUGAUAGGAAUUAAAGCCAAAGUAGUAGCAGUGAACUCUGGAAUUAAUAAGUCUUUGGAAGUUUUACCAAUAGAUAAGUCACUGGGAAUUACCGAACCAAUUCUUACUCAGAUAGAUCUUGUUUGCAAAUCCUUUGAGAUUGGAGACUCUGUUCAAAUUAUUGAGGGUGUGAAUGAAGGUGAGUCUGGACUGAUUACAAGCUUUGACCAAAAUUACACAAUGGCUAUAGUUUAUCCACUAAAUGGAACUCAACCAAUAAGAUGUCCAACUAAUUACCUUAAAAAAGUUUCUCAAGAUAUUGUAGUUACUAGCGGACUUUCAACUGUGGAUGGGUUUUCUCUGGAUGACUUGGUACAACUUUAUAAUGGUAAGGUUGGAGUCAUAGUAUUUGUAGGAAGAAACAAGAAUUUGAGAUUAUUAGCCACUACAGGAGAAAGUAUAUCAAUAAAAUCUUCAGAAAUUUCCUCAAAAAGAAACACUUCUCUUAUGCAUCGUAUUCCUGAUCGAAAUGGUAACAUUUUUGGAGUAAAAUCCACUGUUCAGAUUCUUGAAGGUGCAAAUGCUGGGAAAUCUGGUAAAGUUGAGCAUAUCUGGAAAUCCACUUGCUUUAUCAAACUACCCUCUAAACUUGAUGAUAGUGGAUAUUUUACUUGUGAAGGGAGGCAACUUUUGGCUAUAAAAACUGGUGAUAACAGCCGACUAGAUGCUGCUACAAAAUCCGAAAAUUCGAAUAAGAAGGGCAAUUCUGGAGCUAAAAAUUCUGGCGGAGGAUCUGGAAGAGUUUAUGGUAUGGGCUUGCAUUCCAACAGAAGAGGAGGACCGGAUGACGUCUUCAUUAAUCAAAAAGUUAGAAUACUAAGAGGCAAGCACAAAGCUCUUCUUGGCUCCAUACGUGGAUUCAAAGGCAAUAAUGUCGAAGUUCUUCUUGAUAUUGGACCUCAUACUGUUCUUCUUCGUAGAGAAGACAUAGUUCUUGUAGGGACUACAAUAGGAAAUAGCCAGGCCUCCAGUUUUGGUGGCCUGGCUAAACAAAUGAAUACCCAUCCUGUAUCCCAAAUGAAGCAACCAAAUUGGACUGGCGGAAAGGAACUUUCUCAACAAAAUCCUGACCAUAGUGUCGAUAACUCUAAUCAUCCUCCUCUAUUUUGCAGAAGAGGAGUAGAAGUAACAGUAGUUUCUCAAGGAGAAUUCUUUAACCAAAAAGGAAUUAUAUCCGAUAUUUUAUUCCCACCUGAAGUUCCUCAAGUAACUUGCUAUAUUAUUUUGAUAAUUAACGGGCAAAUAUGCCCUGACGAAAUGAUUGCAAUUGCUCCUCAAAGCAUUUCUCCAAAUAAACCCAUUCCAGGUGAGAAUUCAAUUUCUGUCUCCCCUCAAACUGGUGUUUUUACUGGAAUAAUAGACUCUGUUGAAGGUGAUGAUUUUCUCAUUAUGGAUAGCAAUAGGCAGUCUACUACAAAGGUUUCUGGCCAAUUUGUAUUCAAAUAUCACACUCCUCCGGAAUAA